CAGACUUAUCGCCAUGUAUAUUGCAAAUUUUUGGUAAAUGUGGAAUUUACAAAAAAUACAUUUUUAAAUUAGUUAUAUGUUAGCAUUGCUAUUGGAAACGUACAAGUUUUAUAAGAUUAUUCUAGUUUUUAAGUUAUAAUCCAGGGAGACACAUGGUUUCUGGAUGAAUUUUAGACGUAUUUUAUCGAAAAGUUCUUUGAGGUCGUCUUCAUCCUCGGGGAAAAGCUUAUCUCCUUCUGAGGAAGUGUUGCGGCUGCAAAGUGAAAUCGAGUUGCUUAAGCAGACUAUAGAGUCUUUCAAGAUUUCAGUAGAAAGUCGGGAUGCAGCAAUAGGCACUCUUGCUCGUGAAAAAGAAAAAUUAUACGUUGAACUGAAAAGUGUCCAAAGGACAAACAGGAAUAUACAUCAACAAUUGGUGGAUGAAAGGGACAUGUAUUCCAAAGAAAAAGAAUACUUAGUGGAAGAAAUCAAACGGCUGUCAAAAAAUAAUAAUAAGGAGUAUAACUUAUAUCAACCAAAACCAGACGACGUACAGUCUAAUUUAUCGCUGAAAGAUGAAAUAAAAGCAAAAGAUGAAGUGAUAUAUAACAUUUGUGCCAAAUAUCUCAAAAUGAAGUCGAGUAAACAGUUAUUGCAGAAAAAAAUGGAAAAACUACAAAAUCAUAGUCAGAAGAUAUGCGAAAAUGUUGUUUUACUUUUACACGAAAAUAGACAAACUUUAGAUAAUCUUUUGAAUCGAUUGCUUAAUGCUUCUACUGUAACUCCAAGUAGUAAAAAUUAUCUUAAAUUAUUAAAAAUGAAUGCGAAUCUUCAUUACGAAAAUACUCAAUUAAAAAUAUGCCUUUCUCUAAAAGAUUUCUACAGCGAACUUGAUGAGGAAUCCGCUGCAGACAAUAGUCAAAACAAAUCAAGUACAGCAAAGCUUUCGAAAUCCGAAGGCAAAAUGGAUACUGCAACGAGCAAACAUAAAAAAAAAAAUCUACAUCGAUAUCAUGCUUUUCGACAAAAAAUCUAUAGAAUGCCGAAAUUUGAAGAUUUCAGAAAGUUUCGAAGUAUUCAUGAAGCACUAUCACCUCACUUUCGGCGAAAAAAGUAUUAUAGUUCGGAUCCUUGUUUAGCUCGAUCGUAGAAUUCUUAGGUCAAGAAAAUAAAAUUAAAUAUUUAAGUGAAUACAAUUAUUUUUUAUAAUUUUGAUUUGAUUUCUAAACGAAGAAUUUUCUACCUUGUCUAUAGUUCUAUUCAUAAUCACAAUGGAAUAAAAAUGUUGCCAGUAAAAUCUAUUACCCCUUAACAAAGGGAUUCCAGUGUUUACAUGUUAAAGGAUAUGAUAGUAUAGAAGUGUGCCAUGCGUCUGAUUACUCACACGAAUUUAAUUAAAUACAAUAUGUUUGCUUUCUUUGUCAGUUAAUUGUUUCUAUUUUAUAGCGGUUAUAUUAUUGUUGUUACGGCU